AUGACACGCCCUCUCGUCGCUGAUAUCGUCGAUUCGUUCUUCACACGAGUUCUGUUCCAAGAAGAUGACCAGCUGGCUUCAUCUACUCUAACUGAAGAAUUGAGCGCAGAUGCUAUCAUCAACAUCAACGGGAGCGACUUAUCUGCUGAAAAGUUUGUGUCCUUGAUCACUACACAAUUCCGAGGGGCUUUUACCGCUUCCAUCUCCCAUAUACAGGAUCUCAACAUCGUCACUACCAACGACACAAGCACCACAGGUGUGGUCGGGCAGUAUACCAAGUACAAGACCAAGUCGAAAGUAAGCGGGCAGAUCUUGAAGCAAAGUGCUACGACCAUUGUCAAAGUAGAAGAGCGUGACGGUAAGAACGUGGUUACCGCCCUAUGGGAAGCGCAAACAUUGGACGAGGAGUAG